GUCACCUCUUCGGCGCUGAGCAUGAUCAAAACACUACAAAGUGCGCCAAGCCAGAACAGCUAGGGGGCAACUUUAUUAUGGAUAGAUAUUCCGUCACUGGAAGGUACCCUAAUAAUUUGAAAUUCUCACCGUGUUCUUUGAGAGCUAUUGGUCUGCAUAUAUUGGAGUAUAGCUGUCUAGUUCCCCGGUCAUAUGUUCCAUUCUGUGGCAAUGGUGCUGUAGAAGACGAGGAAUACUGUGAUGCUAGUUCCCAUGGUAUGGACGAUAUGGACCCAUGUUGUGACAAAAACUGCAAGUUGAGAGGAAAUGCCACAUGCAG